AUGGCUGUAGGUUCCAGCCGGGCAGGGCCAUGGCAGCGCACACCGCGUCCCCACAGCUCCUUCCCGCCACCCCUGAGGAGCGCUGCGGCCGUGAGUCAGCGCAGCCGCACGAGGAGGCGGUUGACGCCUUCCCGCCCAUCACCGCGUGCCAGGGCCGGCACCGCGCACGCCCUGCAGGAUCCUCCCGCUGAGGCAGGUAAGCACCGGGAUGGGCGUGACUUUUCUCGGAGGACAGCUGGAGUUCUUUCAGCUCUUGCUGAGUUCACUUCCUUUCCUCAGAGCAGCCCAGCAGCCGAGCGCGAGGAGAAGCACACGCCAGGUACAGAAAUGGAGAACCUCAAUGUCCCACUCCCAGAUCUCAGUGAAGAGCAGCAAGACAUUUUCCAGAGGGCUUUUAUUGCUGAUGACAAUUACUUGGAGAAUCACGAGAAAAUGAACCAGUCCUUUUGGGAAUUACUUGUAAAAAUCUUAGCCACCACUGACCCACCUAUCCUGGCCACUGAAGAGAAGAACAAUCUCCUCAACAGGUGCAGCAUUCUGCCCGAGGGCUGUGCAGCCUGUCUGAAAGCCAUAGAGACAAAAGGCGUCAGGGCAAUGGCAGUCCUUUACCUCUUGUUGAAGAGUUCCAACCCAUCUGUGUAUCAGCAGCUGCCCAGUUCCAAGGGAAAGGAUGAAAAACUAAAACUCCUCAAGAGAUUAGAAAGAAAUCUCAUGCUUUCGCAAGAGGAUAAAAAGGCUGAAAACUCAUCCCAGGAAUCCAUGGAUGAAGAUACGCACGACAGUGAUGAAGAAGAUUUAGGAAGACAGAAGACUGAAGGCCAACUUCUUGGAGGUAUACCAGCUGAGGUUGUUCCCUAUGGAGAUUCAGAAAUAACCAGAAGAGAACAUUCAACUGCAGAUGCAUAUGGGAACAAGAACAUUCACCCUCAAUGGUGGACAGUACGAUGGAUGGGCAUACGCAAGGAUGACGAAUUCUUUCAUUUUGUUAUUCUUUGCUUUGCAAUUGGAGCCUUACUAGUUUGCUACUACUACUACAAAGAUUGGACAAUUUCUCUUGGAAUUGGUUUAAUCACCUUUGCUUCUCUGGAAACCACUGGGAUUUACUUUGGUCUAGUGUAUCGACUUCGGAGCGUGCUCAGCAGCUUUGUUCCUCUGAUCGAGAAGUUCAGGCCAACAGGUAUGAGGAAAGCUGCCUAGGAGAAUUUCAGAAGAAUUCAACAAAACUCUGCUGUUUGGAUUCAUGCUAUUAAAAGAACUGCUUUAUCAGUCAGUCAUAAAAUUGUAACAGCUAAUACAAAACACUGUAGUGUUAAACAAUAGAAAUAUAUUCAGUCCACUCAAAAAUGAAGUUAAAACUGAAGAGACUCAUAGCUCAGCUGAGCUCAUAAGAUUAUUUAGAUCCAAGUUUAUAUUUAAUUCUGCUCAAUAUAAGCACCUUCUCCUUCCCUCCCACAUUUAUUCACAUUAAGUCCAGCUGUAGUGUAUGAAAAUCAGCAAAAAGACCUAUCCUAUCCUCAGCUGAUGUUUCAGUAGGAAUCUUGGCACCAGAAAGCCACCUCCUCUUCACCCUUCUGAUGCUGCAAGUGAGGCAAACACCAGCUGCUUGCUUACAUAGUUCAGCCCCAGCAGUGCAAUAGCACUGAAGCAGAUUAAUUUAUUGUGGCAGAACUCAAUAUCGUGGGCAUAUAAUGAUUUCACCCAGUGAAAGCUGGGCAAGAUUUUACAUGCAGUGACAUAAUGGUGCAUUAAUGAGAUUGUUAACAGCAGCCAAUUUCAUCUAUUUGAGGAGGAGAGAAAUAAAAUGCUUGGUUUGACCCAUCCCCUAACUUUUUUUUCCUUCUGAUAAAAUAAAAUACAAUUUUUUUCUAGCUUAUAGGGACAUGUCAUACAUUACAUAAAAUACACUACAGUAUUUUAGUUAUUCUCUUUAGUUUUUAAAUCUAUUUGUAUACAUAUGUAGGACUAAUACAAACAAAGCAAAACAACCAAGCAGCUUACCUUCACAUUCUUAGUAAAAACAUGGGGUCUUCAUAACCAUAGGGGAAGGCAUCAAAUCAGACAGAACCAUAAAACAUGAAGUUGUAAGAAAAUGCAGCUCUAAAAAGCCAUUAGCCCUAACAGCCCAGUUUCAGUUCAGUGAAACAUUUUCAAGCCUCGCUCAGAAAAUUAAAAAGCCUACUUUUCAGGAGUAGCACUUUAAGCACCAAUAUCUAUCAUUCCAGACUAUUGCAGUUCCAUUUGCACAUCCAUAAAUAUAAGCAAUCGUGUGCAGGCCUGUACCAACACAGCACAGCAGUUACCUAACAUGUCAGGGAUUAAAUUAAGCAGUAAGGAUAAAGACAAGUUAUUUUGUAAUAUUUAUAUUCUCAUUUACAUGUACUUUUUAUAUAUAUUUGUAGAAAUACUUUCUCACUUCAAAUUACUGUUGUUUUCAGUCUGCAAAUAAAGCCUUGUUGAGACCAGUGUAGGAGUGUUUGUGUACAACAGUUUUUGAGUGAACUGAAAACUAUGUAUACUGUCAUCCUGCUCUCAUUUCAGCUUAUUUUUCUUUUUGGAUGUCUCUUGUGCUGUGGUAUAGUCAGAAUGAGAAACAUAUCUUCAUAUGAAAUAUGAUUUGAGAUUUUCAAGUGUGGUACUCUGCAGUCAAGAGAAUGAAAACAACCAGAAGCUGUUAAGGGCAAAAUAAAAGUGGAAAAACAUUUUAAAAUCACACAGUAGAACUUAUCAUGGGGGAUGAACAACUAUAUCCAACACGGAGCAGAUCACACGAGAAGAACUGGUUCAGUGGAAAAAGCAACUUACCUGUUGAGCUGCGUCCUCUUGGGUACUAUAAGCAUUUCCUGAUGUUCUUUCAGAUCCUUCUUCAGUUCAUCUCAGCAUUUUAAACUUUUCUGCCUCUUGACCAAAGACAACACUGUCAUUCUGGUUUCAUGCAUCACCCCUGCUGCAGCACUGCCAAGCACUCAAAAAUAUGAUACAAGUUCCUAUGAAGAGUUUCAGACUCCUUAGAAGAGCUUGUACUUGUGUCAGCCAUCAUUCUUCAGGCCCAGCAGUCCUUCCUGAGUUCCCAGCUCAUCGGUCCUUUCUAGAGCUCUGCUGAGUGUUCACUUCCCUCUAUCGACUCCCCAGACCAGGUACAUUUCUCUCUAGUGUGCUCUCAUUAUCCAGCACUUAGGAUUCUCCCUUUUUCUCUUUUGUUUAUAAUGGAUGUGAGGCAAUGCAGAGAGGAGGAAUCAAGGAAUUCAUUAGCCACAGUCCUGCAAUACACAUUCCUGCUUUUCAUUAUCCAACAGCUAACAUUUCUGUCCAGAAAAGUUGGUGAACUCUUCUGACAGCAAGGAAAGAAUUCUGUUUUUUGCCCAAUUCCCUCUAAGACAAGAUUUUAAAUAUUCAACAGUAAAUUCAAGAUAACAUUAAAAAAAGUCACUUGAUUCACUCUAAGCUUCUAUGCCCACUACCCAAUUUCCUUGCUGAAGCUCAGUCCGCUUAGAAAUUCAGUGAACACGCCACCAUUCCCACCCUAGAGCUUGCAGCAGGACAAGUUAGCUGUAAAGUAGAAAACACUGCUGCUACAGUAGGUACACAGGACUGCUACCACCCAGUGGUUAAAUAACCUGAAGGUUUCAGUGACUGAAAAUAUUCAGAUGUUACCGCAGUAUAAAAACCCACAGAAGAAAAGAAAAUACGUAAGGUUUAAGCUAGUAUUUUUAUUAGAACUCUACAUAAAGCACCUUUGCCUGCCUUAAACUUUACAAUACUUCUCUGAACACUGUUGUUGUUUUUUUUUUUCCUGCAAUA